CACAUUCUGUCGUUGUCCUGGUUGCCCGCUAUGUCCGGCCGCCACUCGGGGUGGGAGAGCGGGGUAGACGCAGCCCCACGCCUCGCGACCCGUGUGCGUGUCCGGCUGUCAAGGGCUGGAGCCCGGUGGGGCUGUGCUGGUGCUCUCGGGGCUGGGAAAUGUCCUGCCGGCACGGGGCAGGGUCCUGCGCCGGGGCCAGCUGCACCCUCCGGGGUCCCGCAGCAGCUCGGGGGAGCCGCAGGCACGGGCCGCCUCCGCUCCGCUCCCGGUGCCAAUGGCCGAGGCGGCCGGUCCCGGGAGCACACAUGGUUAAGGCAGCCGCGGGCGCACAUCUGGCGGGGGAGGGCUGCGAGCCUCGGCCCGCGCCUCGUUGCCUCCUGCGCUUCCAAAAAGUGUAUUUCCGCCGGGGCCGAGCGAGGAGAGGCAGCUCCGGAGCGGGAGGCAGCGAUCGGCCGUGGGCAGGCUCUGCGCUGGCCCUGGCGAUGCUCUAGGGCAGCAAAGGGAGAAGCCGUGCCCCAGAGGAGCUGACAUACUAAAUUGCUGCUCUUGGGUGUCCAUGGGAGGCAGCUGAAGCCAGGCUGAGCAGGAGCAGCAGCACUUGGUGCAGGACUUGGCCUGGUCAGAGGCUGCUGCUCUGCUCCACUCUCAGCUCCUGAGGGCACUGCCAAGGCAUGGAGGGGCUGUGGGUGCAUGGUGUCCUGCUGAUCUUCCUGCUGCCCUGCCCUGUGGGGAGCCAGACCAGCUCCAUCCCUGGCCAGCGAUGGUGGACAGACCCCGAUGAGGCCCCAUCCCAGCACCAAGCUGCCAGGGCCACACAGGAGCAGAAGGCUGAGGAUGCCCAGGAGGGGCUUCCCCCACAGCCCCGCUGUGUCCGCUGCUGCCCCCCACCCGAAAAGCGCUUCUACCCCCAGUACCAGCCCAUGCCUCAGAUCAACAUGACCAUCCUGAAAGGAGAGAAGGGGGACCGCGGUGAGCGUGGCAUGCAGGGCAAGUUUGGCAAGACAGGGGUGGCCGGCAGCAGGGGCCAUGCAGGGCCCAAGGGACAGAAGGGCAGCAUGGGCGCCCCUGGGGAGCGCUGCAAGAGCCACUACGCCGCCUUCUCUGUGGGCCGCAAGAAACCCCUGCACAGUAACGACUACUACCAGACCCUCAUCUUCGACACGGAGUUUGUCAACCUCUACGACCACUUCAACAUGUUCACGGGCAAGUUUUACUGCUACAUCCCCGGGAUCUACUACUUCAGCCUCAAUGUGCACACCUGGAACCAGAAGGAGACGUACCUGCACAUCAUGCGCAACGGGGCGGAGGUGGUGAUCCUCUACGCCCAGGUGAGCGACCGCAGCAUCAUGCAGAGCCAGAGCGUCAUGCUGGAGCUGAAGGAGCAGGAUGAGGUCUGGGUGCGGCUCUACAAGGGUGAGCGUGAGAACGCCAUCUUCAGCGAUGAGUACGACACUUACAUCACUUUCAGCGGCCACCUCAUCAAGUACAGUGGGGACCCCUGAGCACCAGGCCCCUGCACUCCUCCUGUGCCAGGCCAGGUGGCCAAGGGGCCCCUGUCCCUCUCAUCCCAGGAGUGCCACCCCCAUUAUGCUGUUAGUCACCCUAGUGCCACUACCCUCAGCAGCUGCACCAGUGUGUGAAUUCCCUCACUCCAGCGCCUCAAGGCUAGCUAGACACAACUGGAAGAGUUGGAGCAAUUUUAAUCCCCUGCCACUUUAGUGACCAGGAAGCAGCUGCUCACCUGGGGUGGGCAGGGAGCUCACCCCCUCUCCCACACCAGAGCCAGGUUUGCCAGGCACAGCCUGAGCUGGCCGCAGUGGAGCAGUGUGCGAGGCAGGAGCAGACACUUGCACCGUGUUCCUCCUCGUGCCAGCCCGUGCUCCCCGGCUGGAGCGGGCAGAAGGUGCUCAACACCAUCCAGAAAGGCAUAAACCACUAAGGGCCCUCUUUCCUUCCACGGUGCAGGUGUUGCAGUGCAGGGCUGGGUACCCCUGUGGGGAGGGAAUUGCGUCAGUUCCCUCUGCAGAUUCCGUCACUGCUCGCCGCAGCCUCUGCUCAGGAAGGGCUCUCUCCCCACCAGCAGCCCUGGGCGGGGGGGCCUUUGGCCUCAGCCACUUCCUCUUCCGUCAGGUUAUGUGCUGGCCAGGCUGCAUGUUUGUGUAGAUGCAGCCGUAGCAUGGGCCAGCAUGCUGACCUCUCCAUUCAGCUCAUGCCACAUUAAACACCUCACAUUUCCAGCCUUGCUCACA